AUGGAUAUCAAUCUUGAUGAUGGAAGUGGUGAUGACAGUGAUGGUUACAAUGGUAAUAAUGGUAAUGAUGAUGGUGGUGACUGUGGUGAUAAUGGCAAUGGUAAUAAUGGUGAUGAUGGUGGUGAUGGAAGUAAUGGUUAUAAUGAUGAUGAGAAUGAAAGUGAUGGUGGUAAUGGUGAUGAUAAAAGUGAGGACAGCAUUGGUGGUAAUUAUGGUGAUGUAACGUAUCCCUAACAAUUGUUCCUUUUAGAAUAUCACUAUAGCGGGAAAUUUGCUAGAUUAAGCGUUAUGAGCACAUAACAAUUGGACUUGGCAGAAGCACUAGGGUGUGAGCAUGUUAUUUCAAUAGGAAAAAACAUUUAAAGUUACCUAAUGCGUCAUGACAAGAACGAUUUGUUUUGCCAUAGUUUUGGCAUAUAUUUAAACCCCAUACUCGGGAACACAUGUAAAUUAUGUUGGGUGUUCCCAUUUAUAAACGGAACAGCAAUAAAAAAGGAACAAAUUGUCCUACUUCAAUUUGGUUGUUCUGUUUCUAAUAUGUUCCGCAAAGCGGAACUGAUUGAGAAUAACUCGUAUUAGGAACACUUAAUCUGUUCCUUUUCAUGGUUCCUUUGCUUAGGAACAAAAUGUUCCGCGAAGUGGAACAUUAAUAUUCUUCGACUAGGUUAGCAAACUGGAACAAUUUAUUAUGCACAUAUUGCUAGCUUCCGUUGUUCCAUUUUAUUGUUCCCUCUAUUUUAAUUUUGCCGUUUAUUUCGCAAAAUAACACAUAAUAUAUUGCACUUGGGACUAUUUAUUUAACGUAUAAGAUUCAUACAUCGCAUAUACAUACUAAUGCGUAUCGUGUUCACUAUAAAAACCAAAGUAAUUUGAUCGCUAUAAGCAUUUUGUCCAGUUUUUUUGUUUGCACAAAGAAAAUCUAAAGUAGAUUGGAAAUCAGUGGACGGUGCGUUUACUAAACAGAGACGAUUGCAUUUGGUCAAAGACAGAGAUGGGUUAGAUCAUUGUCCAGUAACGGGCUGCGAGCAUCCAGGAUUUGCAAGUCAAAGAGGUUGUCGUAAACAUGUGAAAAUAAAACAUGGUUGGUAUUACUAUUUCGACGAGAAGCCCAAUGUAUCGAUCAACCUUUUCGACACUUCACCGUCUGCUGCGAACGGAACUAAUGAGAAAGUUCCUGGCUGCUUUACAGAUAACUAAGAAAAGUUCCUGGCUGCUUUACAGAUAACGAAUCCGCUCAUUCGUUUUCGCGGUGGCUUCAAAGCAGCUGUGGCGGGGGCAAGUCUCCUAAACAAUCGGACAUUUCAGUCACGAGAGCUUUAAAGUUCAUAAAGUUUUGCUGCGACGAGAGUGGCGACGCCGAAGAAGACGUUCUAAGUUCUCCUAAUAUGACCGACUACGCCUUGGGAUCUCCACAACUGUUAACAAAACCGUUGAAAGUGCAAAGAGAAACGAAGGGAUGGUUGAUCAGAAAAUUUUCAUGACGGCUAAAAAGUACGGGUUUGAUAGUGUGUACUUUGACAAAUGCAGCAUCGAGAUAUUGGAAAAAUAUAUAACGUAUAUCAGACCCCUUCUCACACCCACUUGCGAGUAUGUGUUGAUAAAUCAUCGGAAAGUACAUUCAUCCGACUAGGUACAGACAAAUCAUUGAGACAGAAAGUUCCCAGGUUCUGCUACCGAACGAACAGAAAUGGAUAUCUGAAGACCAGAAGCAUAGCUCUAACAUUGCCCAUGUCCAUUAUCAAAAGAAGCGUUCUCGGGAAGUAGCAAUAAGAGGACGUUUGUGCAUGCAAAAAUUAGUUGAGAACAGUAACUAUUUAGAAAUUGAAUGCGAAAAGGUAGAGCAGUCAUCACAGAGACAAGACCAUGUUCGCAAAGACACUGCAACCACUUCGACCCAUAAAUUGACUAAACGACGGUCAGGUAUUCGCUUCACACCUGACGAGUACAAUUACAUUAGGUUAGGCAUUGAAAAAUUUGGUUUACGUUGGUCAAUGAUAUUGCGUCAUCCAGAAUUUAACUUCAAUGCAUGUCGUGUUCCAAAUACUUUACGAAAGAGGGCUGAAGCCUUUAAAUUAGUGUGA